UGAAAGCGUACCCGUCAUGGCCGCGUCCAACAGAUCAUGCCUUCAGUAUCUAUUCCAUCUUGCUCACGAUAAUCUAGAAUUUAGAUUGCCGGAAAUUAAGGCUCUUCUUGCUCUCAGGUCAAAACCAUUCCAUCCUUGUGUAAACUUCAAAGAACAGUCUCCUUUCUGGUGCUUGGAAGGUUUGUCUGUGGAAGAUGUUUGCAGCGUUAUGGACAGAUCUGUUUGUGCAAAGUCUGCUUUUGAACUCUGGGGCCAUGGACAAUCACACAGUGAACUCAGGACAUCCCUGUUAAGCUACCCACAAGAGAAAAUGAGUCCGUACAUGCAGAAAGGCUCUUCAUACAAAAUAAAUGUCUACACAUUUAACAAAACCUUGCUGUUUGAAGAAAGAAUUAAAAAGAUUGAUGCCAUGGAUUACCUUCCAUUUCAAGGCACAGUGAACCUAAAGAACCCCCAGUUCACCUUCUGUUUGUUGGAGGAUUAUGGUACAGACCCCAACAAUAUCCCCGAGCUUCCAAACUACGUCUACUUUGGCAGAUUGAUAGCAGACGGUCAGCGGGAACUGAUUCGCUCCUACAGUGUGAAGAACAGACAUUUCAUCGGAAACACCAGCAUGGAUGCCGGCCUAUCAUUCAUUAUGGCCAACCAUGCUAUGGUCAAAGAGAACGACCUGGUUUUUGACCCAUUUGUAGGCACAGGCAGCUUGUUGGUAUCAUGUUCUCAUUUUGGAGCAUAUGUGUGUGGAACAGACAUUGACUACAACACCAUUCAUGGAAAAGGUCGCUCCAGUCGUAAAAACCAGAAGUGGCGAGGUCCGGAUGAGAACAUCAGAGCCAACCUGCGGCAGUACGGAACAGAGAGCAUGUAUGUGGACGUGAUGGUGUCUGAUGCAUCCAAGCCGGUGUGGAGGAAUGCUGCUCUGUUUGACGCCAUCAUUACAGACCCUCCAUAUGGCAUCCGAGAGUCAACGAGAAGAACUGGCUCCCAUAAGGACACAAUUAAAUCCCCCGAUGGCUCAUACCCAGAGUCCCACGUACCUGUCUCGCAGGCGUACCACCUGAGUGACAUCUUUACAGAUCUGUUAAACUUCUCUGCCCACCACCUCGUCUUGGGUGGGAGGCUUGUCUAUUGGUUGCCUGUAUACAGGCCAGAGUACUGCGAGGAGAUGGUUCCCCUUCAUCCUUGUCUUCGACUUAUCAGCAACUGCGAGCAGAUGCUUUCCAGCCACACAUCACGACGACUAAUCACCAUGGAAAAAAUCAAAGAGCCAGAGGAGCUGGACAGCCUGGCUCAUCUUUCAGACCCCCACUUCAGCGGCUACCAAAAACACAACGCCUUCAGAGAGAAGUAUUUUAGUGGACUAAACAAAAGGUCUGGCAAGGACGACACUAAAGCAGACGUCAGUGGAAAGUGAAGAAACAAAGGCCUUAAAAUAACAAGCCAUCUCUUUGAGUUUUCCAAAAGAAGUAGAAAAUGUUGUUUAAACUUUCGCUGCUGUUGAUCUUAAAGAUUUUCCUAUUGUUUGUACUACUUUGCUAAUAAAAGCAUAAAAACUU